GAUAUAUCAGACUUGAUUUUGAAUGAAAGAUUUUGGAAACGGAUACGCCGAGUUUGUGGGGUCAUGGAACCCUUAGUGAAGCUUUUAAAAGUAGUUGAUCAAGAUAAAAAAACCUACACUACCUAUCAUUUAUGAGGCAAUGGAUAGGGCAAAAAUGGCAAUAAAAACCGCGGUGAAAGAUUUUCAACAAUAUUGGAAUAUCAUCGAUGAAAGACGGUAUAGUCAAUUGCAUCAAGAUUUGUAUACAACAGCUUAUUUUUUAAAUCCUAAUCUUCAAUACUCUGGCACUUGUAAAUUUGAUUCUUCGGAGGUUCGAAAAGGAGUAAAAGAAGUUAUCAAAAGACUCGAGCCAGAUUUGGAUAUACAAGUAAAGGCUAUAAAUGAGAUAAACACAUUUGUUAACAAAAUUGGAGAGUUUGGAAGCGCCCUUGCUAUUAGAGUUGUAUCUACAUCUUUACCAGCUGACUGGUGGAAUAUGUACGGUGAUGAAGCUCCUAAUUUAAGAAAAAUUGCAUUAAAAGUUUUGAGUAAGUUGGUCUUUCAAGGUCUUCAUCUUGUUGAAAUAUAAAGCCAUAGACAUUGUUUUGUUGCAGAUUGACAAUUUCUCUCUUGGUUUUAUAAAUAAGUGGUAUAUUGUAUUGUAUAUACCUGUCCU